UGGUGAUGUAUCUGUAUUACGGCAUAUUGCCAGAUAUUACCAGAUCUGCCGUUAAACUUCUGGUACCUUCUUGGCAUACCAGUCAUUCUUACCGUAUGGCUGUGACACAUCACGGGUUUCCUUCCACUUUCUCCCUCUCUCUCUUUCUUCCCUCCCUCUCAUUCUCCCUCUCGCCUUCACCAGUUCCCCCUCCCCCAGCGCCCAUUCCAUCGCUUCCAUCGCCAAUUCCGUCGUUUCCCAUCGCUCCGCGUCCUGUCUCGCCAUCCAUCGUUCUCCACGACGCCUUCUACGUGGGCCACACUCAUUGGCUGCCACUUCCGACCCCUUGCCGGGCCAGAACUGACCGCCACGAGAUCGCACCUUGGUGGAGCACACAGAAGGCAGACCAGAAGCAAGAGAAGCAGAUCAGGCAGAGUGGGAGAGACGAGCCCGUCAGACAAACGGCGAGAUAACACCCUGGGACUCUGGGUGACUGGAGACGACGCUGCCAGACCCGGAAACCCCCAAGCCAAACACUAUGCCGCUGCGUCGUCGGUCCGUGUAACGUGUCGUGCCACCAGAACCACAGCUCAAGCCUACGAACCCGCCAAAAAAAAAAAAAAAAAAAAGAAAA